GGCCCCCUUCUUCACCCCCUCUCUCUUCUUCCUUUCUACACCUUUUUUAAACUUUUCAAACUCUCUUUUUCACGAGCAAUGCCUGUAAAAAGUUAGGGUUUUUAUUUCUCUCUCUCCCCUCCCCAAAUCCUCUUCCUCCGAAUCCCCUAGAGCUUACUCCUUUAAGGCUUUAACUCUCUCCUCUCCACUGUCGGUGCUUCAACUGUCUCUCUCUCUCUCUCUAGGGUUUCCGCCAUAACCGGGAUUGCAGGUCAUCUUCAUCUGCUCCGUUUAAUUUGUUUUGGAGGAGACUGACAUAGCCAGGCUACCAUUAUUGGUCUGGGAGUUGGGACUACUUGUGGGUUUCGUUUCAUAGACACUUAGACAUUCGCGUCAGAAAAGCUAGAGAGACAUUAUUUCAAAAAAGCGGAAUAUUUGCGAAUUUUGUAUCUGUUCUUUUUAGCUUUUGUGCGUGUUUUUGCUGCUUUUUGGAAGCUUGCAUGUGAAGCAAUACGAGAGUUGAAUGAAAGCAGAACGUGAUCCAAUUUACUAGUUGGUUUGUGGGAGGUUGGGGCUUCUAGAUCCUGCUCUAAAUCCGUGAAUUUGAGCUGCAUCUAUUUUCUCCUUUUCAGCUUGGUAUUUUAUCAGAUAAAGCUUUGUACUUGCUCUUUGUUCUUAUGUUCUAUGGACUUCAUUGAUGAUUUAGCAUCACAGAGUUUGAGUUGUUGCCAAUUUCGGAUUCAAAUUGAUGGUUAUAGGUAGCAGGGUUUAUUUUGAACAGUAAUCUGCUUCUCAGCUAAUCUCAUACGCCCAUAGUUGUAUUUAUGGAGGACAUAGGACUUUUUAAACAAGGUUGGAAAUGGCUGCUAUCACACAAGCACGUUUACUCGCGAUCUCGAACAGCGAUCAGUGGAUUUAGAGAUAAAAUGGGGAUGUUCAUAGAGCGGCAUUGGCCGAUGGUGUGCAGUGGGUGCACCAAGACGGGGAGGCUGUUGCUCUUGUUGUUGAUUUAUUGGCGGGACUGUGUUGUAAGAGGUUUUCAAUCCUUUCUUGGGUUGGGUUCUGCGGCUUUGCUCCUUAUAAUGUGGAGUUGCUUUCUCAGUUUGACUUCCAUUUCUUGCUUGAUAUAUGUACUUCUUAGUAUGGGAGCUGCUGGAGCUGCUGUUCAGUACUUGGGUUACACUCCAGGACUUUUUAUAGUAGGGCUCUUUGCUAUUCUGAUUUUAUGGAUGUAUGCUAACUUUUGGAUAACAGGAACAUUAUUUAUAGUUGGAGGUUAUUUGUUCUCCUUAAAUCAUGCACGGUUGGUGGUCUUGAUGGCAACUAUAUAUGCUAUUUAUUGUGUCAAAGUUCAAGUUGGGUGGCAUGGUGUUAUUCUCUCAAUAAACCUUGCAUUCUUCUCUAAUGAUGCAUUAAAUUAUAUGUUUCAAUGGUGUGAUAAUGUGAGUGAAAGCACACACUUUGAAGAGCAGAAGCAAUCAGAAGAAGUUAUUGAAGAUGACUUUUCUGGGGAGUGUGAAUACUCUAUUCCUACUGAGGAAUCUGAAAAGGUGCACUCAUGUAAAUCAUCAAGCAAGCCAGUUACUUCAGCUGUUAUUGAUGUUCCGAAAGAAUCUUCCCCUAGUACAGUGGCCAAAGAGGAAAUAAAUUCAGCUGUUGAGAUGAAAAAAAUAUUAGACAGUAUUGAUCAUUAUGAAGCACUGGGAUUUCCUCGCCACAAAAAAAUUGAUGCUGCAAUUUUGAAAAAGGAAUACCGGAAGAAGGCCAUGCUUGUGCAUCCAGAUAAAAACAUGGGAAGUGCACUAGCCAGUGAAUCGUUUAAGAAACUUCAAUGUGCAUAUGAGGUUCUAUCUGAUUCCACAAAGAAGCGAGACUAUGAUGAGCAGUUGCGGAAGGAAGAAUCCAAGACUAAGAGUGUGUGCCAGAAGUCCCAUGGUACUUCACAUCAGGAUGGUCCAGAUUAUUGUUCUGAAGAGUCGAGACGUAUACAGUGCACUAAGUGUGGAAAUUCGCAUAUAUGGGUAUGCACCAACAGAAGUAAGGCCAAGGCUAGAUGGUGCCAGGAUUGCUGUCAAUAUCACCAAGCAAAGGAUGGAGAUGGAUGGGUUGAGUACAAAGGAUCUCUAGUCUUUAAUAGGCAUCAUAAGGUGGAAAUACCACGAGCCUUUGUUUGUGCUGAGAGCAAAAUCUUUGAUGUGUCAGAAUGGGCUAUUUGUCAGAUUUACCUUUUGCCAGGGGGAAAAAGGUUUGGUAUCUCACAGCUUCAACUUAUACCAUGUAGGGAAUGGCAUGCAGGCCCAACACCCAUAGGCCUAGCUUCCAUGUAAACAUGGUUGGUUCGGAGAAAACUCAGAGAUCGAACUCAAGUAGGUUCCCGUGGGAUUUGGAUGCUGAAAUGAUGGAUGAAGAUGAAGAAGAAUUUGAGGUGUGGCUUCAGCAAGCUCUGGCGUCUGGCCUCUUUUGUGAGUCCUCUAAACGCCGAAAGAGCUGGAGUCCAUUCAAGUUGCCCCAAAGGGUGAAGAGGCAAUCGCGAAGAACAUCGUGCUGAAUAGCUCAAGAAGGCUAAGCCAGAAGAUCUGCUGCCUAUCCCAAGAAAAAGCAAAUGAUUUUUUUCUGGAAGAAAGGUAGUUGGGAUUGUCAAGAUACUGAUUGAUAGGUUGCUUGUAUCACCAAACAAAGGGUGGUGCUUAACAAAGAUGACAAGGAAAUGGUUUGAUCUCUUGAAAAUUAAGAUCAGAGAUCAACAACUUUGUAUCACCACCAAAAGGGGUAGGGCCCAGGUUUCAGUCAUAAGAGCCCAGAUUUUUGUUGCUCUUGUUGCACAUUUAACCCCUUAUGUUCAGUCUUAUGACGUCAGUUAAUCUCAAUGUCCUACCUGAAUGAUUCAGUACAAGGUGAAAAUCCACCACGAACUGUUCCUUUUUUUUGUACAUAUUUAUCUUGUCAAUAAAAUUUCUCCUUUGUCCUGCCAACUUGGCAUGUUA